GCCGCUAGGCGACGGGAGUCCUCGCGAGACGCGCGCCUACGACGCCAUCCUGUCUGCCUCAGCUGCGUAGCUUGUUAGUCGGCCGUCGGUUAAGCGCUUCCUUGUUCUUUGUGGGGAGUUCCGCGCAGCCGUUUGGGGCCGAUCGCCUGGGGAAGUGGGUGAGGUGUUGCCGCAAAAUGGACUGGGCUGGGAAACAUAAUGGUCCAAAUGAUUCAUCUAGUGAUGGAACAGUACGAUUGCGUGGUCUGCCAUUUGGCUGCAGCAAGGAGGAGAUCGUUCAGUUCUUUCAAGGGUUGGAAAUCGUGCCAAAUGGGAUAACAUUGACGCUGGACUACCAGGGGAGAAGCACAGGGGAGGCCUUCGUGCAGUUUGCUUCAAAGGAGAUAGCAGAAAAAGCUCUGGGGAAACACAAGGAAAGAAUAGGGCACAGAUAUAUUGAGAUCUUCAAAAGUAGUAGGAGUGAAAUCCGAGGAUUCUAUGAUCCACCCCGAAGAAUGAUGGGACAGCGACCCGGACCAUAUGAUAGACCAAUGGGAGGAAGAGGGGGUUAUUAUGGAGCUGGGCGUGGAAGUAUGUAUGACAGAAUCCAUCGAGGAGAUGGUGGAUAUGACGGUGGAUAUGGUGGCUUUGAUGAGUAUGGUGGCUAUAACAAUUAUGCCUAUGGAAAUGAUGGCUAUGAUGACAGAAUGAGAGAUGGGAGAGGAAUGGGAGGCCAUGGCUAUGGCGGAGCAGGAGAUGCAAGUUCAGGUUUCCAAGGUGGUCAUUUUGUUCACAUGAGAGGUUUGCCUUUUCGAGCCACUGAAAAUGAUAUUGCUAAUUUUUUCUCACCACUGACUCCUAUAAGGGUUCAUAUUGACAUUGGAGCAGAUGGAAGAGCAACUGGAGAGGCUGAUGUGGAAUUUAUGACACAUGAAGAUGCAGUGGCUGCCAUGUCUAAAGACAAAAACCAUAUGCAGCAUCGAUACAUCGAGCUAUUCCUCAAUUCAACUGCUGGAGGCGGUUCCGGAAUGGGUGGCUAUGGCAGAGAUGCCAUGGAGCAAGGUGGUUAUGGUUCCGUUGGAAGAAUGGGAAUGGGCAGCAGUUACACUGGAGGAUAUGGUACUCCUGAUGGAUUGGGUGGCUAUGGUCGUGGCAGCGGAAAUAGUGGUGGAUAUUACGGGCAAGGCAACAUGGGAGGAGGUGGCUGGCGUGGAAUGUAUUGAAGAGUGUCAUUGUGUCUCCAAAGCGUGUUGGAAGGAAACAGUACCUGGUCUCCUAGGCUUUCUUACAAAACUUAAAAUUUCUUUUGUAUUGAAAACUUUAUAAUGACUGAAGGAAUGUGUUUUCCCAUUAUUUGGUAAGCAUCAGAUGGGGAAAUCUGUUUUCAUGUGAUGGGGAAAUCUGUUUUCUGUAGGUUUUAUUUGUUGCAUACUCUGACUUUAAAUAAAUUUUUUAUAUUCAAACCACUGAUGUUGAUAGUUUUUAUACUACUAGCUCCUCCUGAAGAUAGUUGCGUAUCCUAGGAUUUUGUUUAAGAAAUUUGGUUCAUUAAAAGCAGUUGUACUGGAAGAUUAUAUUAUUGAUUCUGCAUCUAUGAAAUGAAAUAACCAUUACGUUCAUGUUACAUUUGUUGAGGCUUGGAAUGAAAGUAAGUGUUAAGUGUUAAUAAAUUGUUUGUUAAUGAAAACUAAUUCAAUGAAAACUAAUGGAAGAAUGUCUGAAAAUAGUGUGGGACAUGAAGGCCAUGUGUUAAAAUUCUGGAAUGACCUAAUGCACAACUGCUACAUAUGCUGUCAGAGCUAUGUGUAUGUCAGAAUUUUCAUAAUAUUUAAAAUAUAUUGACAGAAAACAUGGUCUGAAUCUUCACUUUGUUUUCUUGGCAAUUAAAGUUUGAGAUAAGCUAUUAAUAGAUACUAUAUGAGAAAGAUAUGGGAGAAAAGCAGAAAGCUAUGGACUAUGAUAACAUUGAUAGAGAAGUAACUAUUACAGUUCUUAAAAAUAAAAUAAUUGACUUAAGGAUGCCAUUUCUAUUGCUGUGAAGAUACCCAUGUAAGGAUUGUGUGGCCAAUCUGGCAACCAAUAACAUUUCCAGCUAAAAGUUUGACGGAUUACAUAAGUAGUCCUCUUGCUUUGCAUUUUUAACAUGUAAGAUUGUUUGGAUGAAAUACUGUUUAGUCACUUAAGCAUUUUCUAUGUUUUGAAGAAAAGGUACUAAUAUUCAAGGAGAAUUUUUGUUUUGAUUGCUUGUCCUCCAGAUUCUUCAGAAUAAUUUGUCAAAUGUGAUAAAUUGAAAGUUUGUUGCCUGUUUUUGCUAGUAAUGUAUGUAAUAAAUGUCUUGUGGGAGAUAGCAAAAUAGAUUUCAUUCUAGGACGUGUUGUGUCAAUUUAUCUAAUUGAAGGGCAAACAAUGCAAAUUUUAAUCUUUUCUAAUUUGUACAAAAUUCUGUAAAAAAGAAACACUUUUUAAAGGUUUAUACUAAAAAUGCAAGUAAUUUAGAUCCAUAAGGAAUGCUCUUUUUUGAUUGAGCAUAUUUGUAUCAAGGCUUGAGGCUCAAUUGAGAGGUAAGUAUGAGGAUUUUGUGGGUCAUAGAAAAAUAGAAAAGAUACAAAUUUAUAUUCAAUACUAUGAUUCCAAGCUAAAAAUGUUAAUUUGUAGAUAAGUUUUAUUCUCAGUAAAGUUUAUACAGACAGCAGCCACGUGUGUCAGAAUAGCCAUAUUUGAUUCUGAAGAUAAACUUUCCUGUUUGCAAAUCUUAGGAUCCUAAACAGUUUUACAAAAUAAAUGAAAUAGGCAAAACAAAGGUGAGAUCCAUGAUUUUAGUGUGCUUUACUCAAUGCACUGUGUUUUCUAAGAAAUGUACUAGGUGUUUAGCAAAAUUAAUUUUAAUAUUUUAAAAUUAAUGUCUUCAGGGAGGCUAUAUAUUGAAGUAGUGUAGUCCUUAUAUAGUAAACCAUCCUUAGAGUAUUAACAUCACUAGUUUUAUCCUAAAAACUAAAUUAUGCCUUUUUUCCUUGGAUCCAAAGGAGGGUUAAAAUAGUUUUGCUUGAAUACAGUGAGCAAAUAGGAGCCUUAAUAAGGAGCCUCCCUUAGUAAUAGUAGUGUUGAACACUCAAGUGUUAGAAAAAAUCCUAAUAUUCAAGUGGCAUCUGCCUCUGAAUUACUAAGCUUGGCAUACUCCAUGAGGCACUUGAAAAACUCCCUUGACAUCUCCUAAGGCUUCUUCCCAGUCCCUAAUCCGCAUUGUCCUGCCGUUCCAGUUGUUUUCUGAAAACGUUUUUUCAACUGUGCCCCAAAGUAGACACUGUUCAAGGCAUAUGUUACUACAAGGAAUGUACAGAGGGUAGUGUGUAUUUAACAGCAUCAUGCAAUUAGUUUCAUAAUGAUGUGGCCAUCAAAGCAAGAUUCAUAAUGAUGUGGCUAUCAUUAUGUAAGCCUCUGAUAUAUUGAUUUUUUGGCUCAAACGAGGCAAAUGGGAUGGAUCAUCUUAGCAUCAGUUUCACUCUUCAUUCUAAACAAGAGUGCAUUCUAAGAUUAUGCAAUUGAAUCAGGUUUUCACACAUUCAGAGUGUCAGUGUCUGUAUGGCAGACUUAUUUUCUACAUCAAGAUUUCUUACCAUGUUGUGGCAUUAGCAUGAUUUAUAACAAAACUUAAUAAGUCUCUUAAUAAGAUUACUUUUUGUAAACAUUAGUGCUAUAUAUUUUCUGGUCACGUGGGACCAGUAUAGCUGUUAUAAAUAUUUCCUAAAUUUACUGGGAAAAAUGGCUUUUUAUUUAAUGGAAAUAUGUGUGCAUCAGCUGCUAUUACACAAGCAGUAACAUGCGUACCAAGUGCAUAACAACAAAGUGAAUGAUUUGACCAUCACCAGGGCAAGCUGAAAAAUGUUGAAUAUUUUUUCCAAUGUUUACAAACACUUGUAUUUUAAAUUAACCAAAUUUUAUUUAUGGUCAUUGACCAAAAUUUCAUGUAAAAUAUCAAACAUCAAAUGCAUAAUAAAGUAAAAUGCUUAAAAGACAAAAA